GAAGUGUUCAAACACAAGUGAUGUUGGAACAAAAUGUGUUACGUAAGGUGGCAUGUUUGCAGUGGUGGUGUCCUCAACAUGCAGAAAGGACAUGAAAGCAGCAUGCAGUUUAUUUGUGGAGAGACGCAGCCGACGGGCCGACAGCGGACUGAGAGAAGCGGUCCUGACCCUGAUGGAGGCCAGGAGGCGGGGCAUGCGGCGGCGAGGAGCGGCGUGACGCACGCGGAGCGGCACGAGAGCGGCAAUCUGAGUCAGGGGCGUCAGACACACACCUGCUCACAAUCUCUCCAUCUGCUGCUACAGCACAAGAAGGGCGAGGGAGGAAAGACCGGAGAGAGACGGAGGAGGAACGGCAGCACACAGCAACGACACCAGCGACGAGAGCGACCAGGCAAAGACAUGAGCCCCCGCGGAAGACGCAACACCCGGCCACUGAAAGGUGCGCGAAGACAAACAGCCAAGAGCGCGCUAGAAAGUGGCGCGACCGAUUGGGACCCAAUGACGCAGUUUAUUGAAACAAUAAAUGUAUAUCAACCCUGCUACGGGGUGUUGUGCAUCCAUGGUCCUGGCAACCCACAUGGAGAUGGCAGGAAGUCUGUCACAAUAUUAUUUUCAUUAUUUAUCAUCGAUUUAGUUUAAAUUUAUUUAUUUUUGCACUGGGUAAUUGUGUGUAAAUAUAUUUAUAUUUUUUAGCAUUUUUCUGAGUCCCUUUUUGUGAACGACUUUCCCUGUCGCCCCUCGGGUUCCACUGACCACCCAGGAAGGA